AUGAUCACCACAAGUAACAAUACUGAUAAAGCUAAUGCUAAUGAGACUGUGUUUGAAGGUGCUGUGGAGGUGAGGCUGGCGGAUGGUGGCAAACGCUGUGCUGGGAGAGUGGAGGUGAAACAACAGGGCCAGUGGGGCACCGUUGGGGGGACCGUGUGUGAUGACUACUGGGGCAUGGACGAUGCGGCAGUGGUUUGUAAGCAGCUGGACUGUGGGUCUGCUGUUGGAGCUCCUCAGUAUGCACACUUUGGGCAAGGAUCUGGCCCCAUUUGGAUGGAUGAUGUUGGCUGUAAUGGCACCGAGUCUGCCCUGUCUGACUGCAAACACGCAGGAUGUGAACAUAGCUGUGCUCACCGUGAGGAUGCUGGAGUGACAUGUUCAGGUAAGGGGGCGUCUGUUAGUGUGAGGCUGGCGGAUGGUGGCAAACGCUGUGCUGGGAGAGUGGAGGUGAAACACAGGGGCCAGUGGGGGACCGUGUGUGAUGACUACUGGGGCAUGGACGAUGCGGCAGUGGUUUGUAAGCAGCUGGACUGUGGGUCUGCUGUUGGAGCUCCUCAGUAUGCACACUUUGGGCAAGGAUCUGGCCCCAUUUGGAUGGAUGAUGUUGGCUGUAAUGGCACCGAGUCUGCCCUGUCUGACUGCAAACACGCAGGAUGGGGUGAACAUAGCUGUGCUCACCGUGAGGAUGCUGGAGUGACAUGUUCAGAUGAAUCCUCCAUCCCUGACCCAGGGUGUCCAUUGGGCGUCGUCAACCUCCACCCAUUCUGCCAGUUCCCAGCCAGCAUUGCUGAGGGUCCCUGUGGUGGAAACACCAGGCGGGACAUGCAUGGCAACCCAGGUCUUAGAGGACUGGCGAACAGCGCUGUUGUCACCUGCACACAGUACACAGGGUUCAGGCUGGUGAACGGCAGCACAGCGUGUGCGGGGAAGGUGGAGGUCCAGGUGCUGGGGACCUGGGGGACCCUCUGUGCCUCCCGCUGGGAUCUCUCGGAUGCCCACGUUCUCUGUCGUCAACUCAACUGUGGGUUUGCUGAGGCCAUUCCUGGAGGAGAGCAUUUUGGGAGAGAGACUGGCCCUGUCUGGAGAGACUCCUUCCACUGUGACGGGACUGAAGCCCACCUGGCACAGUGCCCAGUGAUCACCCUGGGGGCCUCACCAUGCUCCCACGGGAACACUGCUGCUGUCAUUUGCUCAGCCGGCUUUGCAUCCCUGCGGCUGGUGGGCGGAGGGAGCCGGUGCGACGGACGAGUGGAGAUCUUCCAGCACGGGAUGUGGGGCAGAGUUCUGGAUGAUGAGUGGGACGUGCAGGAGGCCAGUGUGGUGUGCCGGCAGCUGCGGUGCGGAGAGGCAGGGACAGCCUACAACCCCCCAAAGCCUGAGCGAGGGACGGGCCCCGUGGGGCUGCGAGGGGUCCGGUGCGCAGGGCACGAGGCCAACCUGGCCCUCUGCAACACCUCCCUGCCCGAGAGUGCACCGGCAGCAGGGGUUGCGGAGGAUGUGGGAGUCAUUUGCUGGGGGAGCCGGUGGGUCCGGCUGGUGAACGGGACUGGGCACUGUGCUGGGAGAGUGGAGCUCUACUACCAGGGCACCUGGGGGACUGUGUGUGACGAUGGCUGGGACCUGUCUGAUGCCGCCGUCAUUUGCCACCAGCUGGGCUGUGGAGGGGCAGUGGAGGCGGCUGGCUCUGCUCGGUUUGGGGAAGGCUCCGGGCAGAUCUGGCUGGAUGGCGUGAACUGCUCUGGGGCCGAAGCUGCUCUCUGGGACUGCCCUGCUGGGCCCUGGGGGCAGCACGACUGCGGGCACAAAGAGGACGCGGGAGUCAUCUGCUCAGAGUUCGUGGCCCUGAGGCUGGAGAACAGCGACGGCUGCUCUGGGCGCCUGCAGGUUUUCUACAACGGGACAUGGGGGAGCAUUUGCUCCAACUCGAUGACUCUUGACACGGUGUCACUGGCAUGCCAGGAGCUGGGCUGCGGGGAUGGAGGAUCCCUGGAAACACGCCUGCCCUACGGCAGGGUGUCUGGCCCUGCCUGGCUGGAUAACGUGCAGUGUGGGGAGAAAACCAGCUCCUUCUGGCAGUGUCCCUCCACUCCCUGGAACCCGCAGUCAUGUGAAGACCUGCGAGAUGAGAUCCACAUCACCUGCAAUGGUAACUCGGAGGGGACGCUCAGAAAUGCCCCGACCUCGUUGGCCCCGUGCCCCAACUCCACGAGCUGCACAGCAAGGGAGAAGAUUCGUGCGGUGGGAGGCGAGGACAGGUGCUCGGGCAGAGUGGAGGUCUGGCACCGUGGCUCUUGGGGGACGGUGUGUGACGAUUCCUGGGACAUGCGGGAUGCUGAGGUGGCGUGCAGGCAGCUGGGCUGUGGCCCCGCGGUGUCUGCCCUGCAUGAGGCUGCGUUUGGGAUGGGGAUGGGCCCUAUCUGGCUGGAGCAGGUGGAGUGCCGGGGGACAGAGCCGUCUCUGCAGGACUGCUGGGCCCGCCUGGGGACAGCGGUGCUUGCCGGCAUAAGGAAGAUGCUGCCGUGCGCUGCUCAGGCCUGGUGCUGCCCCUUCCAUGUUCUUGCCCAUGCAGAUCCCACUCGAGGCCGUCUGACUGGCAGCGGGAGAGUCUCAGUGCCCGUCAUCAUCUGCAUCAUCCUGGGGGCCCUUCUCUGCCUGCUCCUGGCCCUCCUGGCCGGGCAAGUGCUAAGCACCAGGACUGGGCGCAGAGGCUCCAGGAGAGCUCAGGAGCUCUUCCCCGAGGCCGUGUACGAGGAGAUCGGUUACAGCCCAGCAUGGGAGAAGCAGGCGAGGUUUGGUCGCUCAGGUGAGCCAGCACAUGGCUAUGAUGAUGCCAGGGAGGUUUCUGACCCUGGGGAGGACGCUGCCCCUGAGCAGGGCGAGUGGGAAAUGUCCAGGGUGCCAGAGGAGGGAGCAGGGCCCAGGGAUGCACCCAGAGAUUUCUUCUUAUUAAAAGUCUCUGAGGGCUUUGACCCACAGCUGGUGCUUGCCUGCCCAGGUGGCGGGGUGUCUCCCUGA